GACAUCCACUGGACGGAAGAGGUUUUCACUAAUGCCACGCGACUUCUUAGCGACGCUAAGUGAUGCUGCAAAAGGCCUCUACCGACAAUCUGUAUGCUUGAGAACUGAUCCGCUCUGCUUGGCACUGGAAACAAAGGGACAGGCCCAUAAUUCACGGUGGCACGAGGAGCGCAGACUCCGGAUAUCGAGCUCUACCGCCCAUCCCAUUAGGACACGAAGGGGCAAGUUCAAGGAGCUGGCCGUGAGGAUGGCAUCAAGGACCACGUUCUGCAGUGCAGGGAUGAAAUACGGUAUAGCAACUGAAGCACGUGCACGGCAGUUACUGCAAGAACAGCUUGCUGCGCAGAUCGCUGAGACUGGCCUUGUUGUAAUGUGCACGCAGCCAUGGCUUUGUUGCAGCCCAGACGGGCUUGUGAAGGUGGGGGACGACAUCAUGGUCACCGAGAUCAAGUGUCCACACAGAUGCCGAAACACUGCGAUUGUGGACGACACUGGAAAGUCCUCUGUCGAGUACCUGGAGCUCGAGGAUGGGCAAGUGACACUGAAGAAGAGCCAUGCGUACAACACGCAAAUUCAAGUGCAAUUGUACAUCCUCAACCUAUCAAAGGCCGUCCUCUUUGUGUACAGUCCUAAGCAGAGUGUGACCGUAAUCGUUGCAAGGGAUGACAGCUUCCUGUCUGAGCUAAUUGCAAAAUUGGAAUAUUUUUAUUUUACGUAUCUCAUAAAUGAACUUUUUAGGAGCAUGUAA